AUGGACGGCAACGAUAAGGGCGUCAGGCCCUCGAGUGGCUUGACCACUCUCUCCACACUCGAGGGCCUCGUAGAGGCGUACGCUGCGUCGGACCGCUCGAGGUCUCCCGCAUUCAUCCACGCGGGAGACCUCGACCGCCAGUCGUACAUCGACGCCCGCCGCGAGCCGUUCCCCGUCUCCUCUCCUGGCCCGGCUCCCUCCCUCCUGCCCCCUCCCACGCCCGCCUAUCGUCCGGUGAGGUACCGUGGCGAGGACGAGAGCGACGAGGCGGUCCCCACACCUCCCACCAGGAUCCUUGACCGGGCUCCUCCUCCCCCUGUCUCCCGGUUUUUGUCGGGCUUGAGUUCGGGUGUCUUCGACGCCGAAGAGUCAGACCACGACUCUGUCUCUGAAAUGGGACAGCAAGAAGAUGCCCUCAAUCUGGGCAAAGUGAAGGCUUCACAGCCUUAUGAAACGUCGUUCGGAAAGUUCAAGCUCUUUCCCGAUUCGGAGCGGGCGCCAAAAACAAAAGAUCCGCAACACAGCACGACACCACCACCUCUUCCUCUUCCUCUACCGAGCAUCCGCACUCAAGCGAGUGCUCCGUCACUAGCCCCCACCAUUCCUCUCGACAUCUCCAGCUAUGACGACGACCAGGACCUGAUCCUGGAGAGACAAGACAAGCCAACACCACGCCUGAUCGAAUCUGCCCGCACACACAGCCUCGCCAAUGACAGCGCCUGGCUCCAAAGAAGCAAACAAGGAAAGCGCAGAUCGUGGGCCCUCUUCGUUGUCUGCUCAGUCUUCCCUUUCAUCCUCUUCAUCUUCGCUUUCGGCGGCUUCGACAAAGUCAUGGUGCAAUUGGCCGGUACCCACGCUCGCCCCACACUCUAUCAGAAAUCAUUCGCCAAAUAUCUUUGCGUCGUUGAGGUUGUGGCUUGGCCUAGCCUGGCGGCUUAG